GUCACACAUUCUGCUUCCGCGUAUACGAGGGAUGUCUUUUAAGUUUUGCAUAUGGAAAUAAAACAACACGGUUGGCGAGCCGGAUCUGGACGCCAUCGGCGUCCUAAACGCGGCCCACCGACGUCGGUUGUUGCACUCAGUGCGGACCCUUCGUGAGGAAGGGGCCGCAUCCGUGUACUUUGCCCUUGAGGAGGCAGCAGCACACGCCCAGGCUGCACACGAGCCCGAAAGUGAUGACGAUGAACCUGUUGGAGGGGCGGACCAGUGCGCGAGUGAUAUUGCGAGUAGUGCCCGUUCGUCGAAAGCAUCCUCGGGGGGCGGUCGGUCCGACAAAGAGGGCGGCUGCAGCGGCGUGGGAGCGGCGGCCACCUUGGGGGCGACAGGUGGUGGCCAAUCCGCCCCCGAAGACCCUCUGUCGGUCGCGGUGGCCGCCCCCAGUUCGGGCGGCAAAUACGCGGACGAAUACGAAGAGGGCAAGGCCGAAUUGGUCAAGAUACCCAGGGUGCAACUGAAGGUGUUGCUGAAGGAGAGGCUGCAACAGGACGGGGUCAGAUUGAGCUGUCAACCAUAUUCCACACAGGUGAGUCAA